CCUCCCUCCCUCCCACCCGCAACCAUCAUCGACUUGCUCGCAUUUCAUUCUCUUCAAAAGCCUUGCUCUCUUCAAGGAUCGUUCAUAGACUCUUAGAAUUCUUGAAUAUUAGACUUCCAGCUCGCGACACGACAGAUGGCUGCAACCCCACCCGCAAUCCCUGACCACACAGUAGACGGAGAGCAUAUACAUGUCUCCCAGAACAUGCAGAAGUAUGUCGUCCCCGACUUCACAAUCAAGGAUCUCCUCGACGUCAUCCCUGCACACUGCUUCAAGCGCAACGCGUUCUACUCCUUCCUUUACGUCAUCUGGGACUUCUCCCUCCUCGCUGCCCUCACAUACGGCGUGACAAAGGGCUGCGUCUUCCUCCAGACGCUCGACCUGCCCCCAUACUACUACUACGGGGCCCAAUUCGCCCUCUGGAGCGCGUACUGGUUCGCAGGAGGUCUGGCAGCCACAGGCCUGUGGGUUCUUGCGCAUGAGUGCGGGCAUCAGGCGUUCUCGGAGAGCAAGACGCUGAACAAUGCCGUUGGAUUCGUGCUGCAUUCUUCUCUGGGAGUACCGUACCAUUCGUGGCGUAUCUCCCACGGGAGGCAUCAUGCCGCCACAGGCCACAUGACGCGCGACCAGGUCUUCGUUCCCAUCACACGGUCAGAACACCGCCUACCAGCAUUCGACGAGAACAGGGAAGAUCGUGAGGGGCGCUGGAUCGCCGAUAGCAGGCAGAAGGAGCUGAGGGAGGCACUGGAGGAGACUCCGCUUUACCAGGUCUACAAGCUCCUCAUCCAGCAGCUCGGGGGCUGGCAGACGUACUUAAUAGCCAACAUCUCUGGGCAGUUGAGCUACCCUGCGGGCAGCAACCAUUUCAAUCCCAACUCCGUCAUCUUCGACGCUCGUCACUACUGGCAGAUCGUUGCGUCAGAUAUCGGGAUUGCCCUCUGGCUUGGAGCUUUGGCGACGUGGGCAUACUACCGCGGCAUUGCCGAAGUUGCCCUGUUCUACCUGCCGAUCUAUCUCUGGGUCAACCACUGGCUGGUGAUGAUCACUUUCCUCCAACACACCGAUCCCCUCCUCCCCCACUACCGGGCUGGUGCCUGGACGUUCCCCCGCGGCGCCCUGGCGACCAUGGAUCGCACCUUGAUGGGCCCCAUCGGUGGCUGGUUCCUCCACGGUAUCGCCGAGACGCACGUUUCCCACCAUGUGCACAGCAAGAUCCCGCACUAUCAUGCCUGGGAAGCAACACGCGCGCUGAAGGCUCGCCUCGGGCCUGCAUACAUGGAGAGCAAGGAGAACAUGUUCAAGUCCUUUUGGGUGUCAUACAAGGAGUGCAGGUUCGUCGAGGACAAGGGUGACGUCGUCUUCUUCAAGAAUGCUAAGGGGUUCGCCAAGUCCGUCGCGGUCUUCUCGGACAAGGGCAUGAUCAGCGAUUCGGGUGUUGACGUCCAGUAGAGAUGUGCCGAGCGAGCGGCGGUUAAGUGAGCUUCGAAGUAGGACGGGGAACAGGAGAACGAGAUAGCGAGAGCACUACUCCAAGCCAAUGCAAUGCAGAUUGUCUGCAGCCUAUC